GAGGCGGUCCAGACUAUACUGUAGAAUUGGGAGUGUUCAAAACGGUUGUCAAUAUAAAUGUCUGAGCAAAAAAAAAAAAAACCCACUAAUUCAGGAAUGAUGGCAAGUGCAUGCAUGUAUUUGUAAAUGAUUGAAUAAACUUCCAGGUCUCUUAAAGUAGGAGGAAAAUGCAUAUUCACUUUGUUAUCUUGUCGCUUUGGAGAAAUUGAAGGUUAAUUGUUUGCCUAUGGGUGGGUUUGACAUAUGUACUCUACUUAGUAGGCCUAAUAAAUUCAUGAAUUUUAGUGAAUGUGCAGAGUGCCAAAAAUAAAACAUUUUGUUGCCACAUUUUAUUUACAUGGAGACAGCGUAAAGUGGAGGGGGCAGGGCAUUUAUUUAGGAUGGCAAAAUACAUGUAUGUAUAAAAAAUAGAUUGAAAGCAAAGCUUUAACAAUGGAGAGAGGGGGUAAAUCAAGAGAAGGAUAUUGUUGGGAUGAAAGAUGCUUUCCUCCCCAAUUAAAGUACAAACCCAUAAUAGAAACAUGUAUAUUAGGCUUAAAAGAGAGCAGUAAUCUCAUUUAGACAAGUUAGUUGCAUAUUAUUAUUAUGCGAAUUAUUUAUUGUACGAUCUAAUUUUACAAAUCACCCGGUAAACCUCGGAGUGUUUCAUAGAACAUGUAGACGUCAUGCCGUUUGUUUUGGUUUGUGGAUUUCCAUCAAGUGGGAAAAGUAAGCGAACGGAGGAUUUAAGACAUUACUUGAGUGAAAACACAGACAGAAUCGUCCACACUGUAAGCGACCAAUCACUCGGAUUCGACAAGAAUAAAGUUUAUGCAGAUUCAAUUGAGGAGAAAGAAAUCAGAGGGAGAUUGAAAUCGGAAGUGCAGAGGUUACUGAACAAAGACGAUGUUGUUGUUCUGGACUCCUUAAAUUAUAUUAAAGGUUUCCGAUAUGAAUUAUACUGCAUUACAAAAUCCUGUAAAACUCCCCAGUGUGUUAUAUUCUGUGAUAUCAGUAAAGAGAAGACAGCAGAAUGGAACAGCCGUAGAGAACCGGAGACAGACCGAUACACUGACAAAAUAUUAGAAGAGCUGAUGAUGAGAUUCGAGGAGCCCAAUCCUAACCAGCGCUGGGACAGUCCACUGUUUGUUAUACACCCAGAAGAUGAGCUUCCUUACCAGCAAAUCUGUGAUGCUCUCUUCAACAGGAAACCCCCACCUCCUAACAUGGCUACACAGAAUCAACCACUCUCCUCCACCAAUUUCCUGUAUGAACUAGACCGAGUAACACAGGACACAGUGUCUACCAUUAUGGAAUCUCAGAAACUCAGUGUGGCUGGAGAUGAAAUUCCUGUUCCUGGAGCUACUGAAAAAAUUUGCCUCAUGCGACCAGUGACCUUAGCUGAGCUACAACGACACCGACGUCAGUUUAUAACGUACACAAAAAUGCAUCCCGUGGAGAACCUCACCAGAAUCCCCAAUAUGUUUGUGCAAUACAUCAACAACUCAUUGACAUGAAAAACGAAAUUUUUAGGAGAAAUAUUUUUACAAUAUGAUUUUUUUUUUUAGAUCUUCUAAUUACAUGUACUUAUAUUUUAAUUUUGUACUUGUAACUGAUGACUUGAACUGUAAAUUGAAGAUUGUGACGGAAAUUUAUGCCUGGAUUGACAAUUAGUGUAUGAAAUUUCAGAGAAAGAAUUCACGAUCAAGAUGUUGUCUUGAUGAUUGUCAAAAUUAUGGUAUUUUAGGAUUGUGCUUAUUUUUAAUAAAAUGUCGGUAUGUGCCUGGAGCGUACAUGUCAAUAUACCAUUUCUCUGUUAAUGAAAGUCAAAACUAUUAUACAUCCCUGUAUUUCUUCAAGGUCAUUAUUUUAUAAACACUAACAAAUCAAA